AUGCAGAAUUCUCCGCUAUUCGCCCAUGCAGAUUUGACCGGAUCGGGUUUGCAGGAUGAGGGAUGUUCCGGCCCGCUACCCAAUUUACCGAAUGGUAUCUCCAUCUCCGGACUUCGAGCCAGCACCUCCAGUACCAGUACCGGCGCCAGUCCCGAUGAUACUUCCACCGAUUCCCCCGACUGGCAUGGCGGAGACCGAUCCCCUCCAGCGGACCUGGAUAUCUCCAUGAACGCCUUUACCCAGUCGGACGAUUAUAUGUUGGAGUCACAGAUGGCGGAGAUGGACGAAAUGCCCAAAGUGGAGGAGUUGGACGAGGAGGAUAUUCAAAGCAUCAAACCGUCGGAUGUGGGGAAUCGCCAUGACCAUGACUCGGGCGCUCCCGCCGCUGUUCCACGGAAACGUGGUCGCCCUCGCAAACACCCUCUGCCCACUCCAGGGAACCAAGCCAAGAUCACCAAGGGUCGCUCCAAGACGGGCUGUAUCACUUGUCGACGUCGGAAGAAGAAGUGUGAUGAGACCAAGCCAGCGUGUCUCAACUGUCAAAAGAAUGCCGUGGUCUGUGAGGGUUACCCCCCGAAAGAGAUUUGGAAGAGUGGGAGACAGAAGAUGGCCGACGCCGUCCUCACCCACUCCCUGGCAGCGGUGCCGCGCAAUCUCCCCCUCCUCAUCGACGGAAUCGAAACCGACAUCGAUCGCCGCUUCCUCGACCAUUUCGUCUACGGUUUCAGUCGCGUCUUGACUCUCGUUAACGAUGACUCCAACCCUUUCAAGGAGAUCCUUCUGCCCAUGGCCACCCAACAUCGCGGCUUGAUGCACUCGCUCAUGUGUCUCUCGGGAUCGCAUUUAUCGGGGCUCGAUCCGGAACCGAAGCUGAAGGAGCGCAAAUACUUCCACUUCCAUCGCGCCAUCCAGGACUUGAAGGACAACAUUACAGCUUCCUCAGCACAGGGCGGGGAUAAGGACGAGCAGCUUCUAGUGGAGGACCCUAUCAUUGCCUCGACGAUCGCCCUCAGUUUGAAUACAAUCUGUGAAGGAGAGACGAAUGGCGAAUACCGGCCGCACAUGGAUGCCGCCAGGUAUCUCCUAGUGUCGCAGCAGCCACGGAAUGAAAAGUUCCGUCAGUUCAUCGUCGAGUUCUUCCAGUACCAUGACAUCUCCAACGCGCUCACUUCCCUAGACCGCCGUCCCGCUCUCAACUCCGGAGGGAUACAUCUUCCUGACUUUGUACCGGGAGCCCAGGCCGGCAUGUUCUUGGGUGUCUUUGAUGGUUUAUUCAACUAUAUCUCGGAGAUCACCCAACUACGGGAUCGCAUUCGGCAACGCUUCAAUGAGGGAUAUGAGCCGGCCGUGGACUAUCAAACUCUGAGUGAGGCAGUUCAGGUUGAUACGGCCAUUCGGACCUGGCAGACUUCGCACGAGGAGGACACCCCGAAUUUCUUCCUUGCCCAACUAUACCGACAAUCUACUUGGGUCUACCUCUACCGCACAAUUCGCCCCUCGCGUCCAAGCGAGAAGAUCGCUCAAGUGGUCGACGAUGGCCUGUCUUGGUUGGAUCGCUUGCCGCAGGAUGCCGGUGCUUACAGCAUUGUCCUUAUGCCACUCUUCUUACUUGGCUGUUCGGCAUUCGUGGCAGAGCAACGUGAACGUAUCCAAAAAGGAUUCGAAACUCUCAAGUCAUACUCAAACCUACGUAACAUCGAACCUGCUUUCAAGGUUGUCACGCAGGUCUGGGAGAUUAUGGACACGAAAAUCGAGGACAGCUGGGAUUGGGAGAAGAUCAUUCAUGACAUGAAUAUGGACUUCCUCAUUACCUAG